GCUAAGUUGGAUAUCACAGUGCAAGCUUUGGGGUCCCAAUGGGGGACUCUGGAUCAAGACGAUCUACCCUGGUCUCCAGGUUGCCAAUAUUCAGAAGAAGUAUUAGCAGAAGACAUGAUUCUCUUCCUUCUUCACCUUCCUCCAGUAAUACAGUUGGUGUCCACAGUUCCUCUCCUUCCAGCACGAACUCAAGCUCAGGUAGUACAGGGAAACGCAGGAGCAUAUUCCGAACUCCUUCCAUUAGCUUCCACCAUAAGAAGGGGAGUGAACCUAAGCAAGAACCUACCAACCAGAACCUUAGUAUUUCAAAUGGUGCUCAAGCUGGUCACAGCAGUAUGCAAAAACUGACUUCGGAAGAACAUAUUAAAACCAGGGGAAGACAUUCUGUUGGUUUUAGUAGUUCAAGAAAUAAGAAGAUAACAAGAUCGUUGACAGAGGAUUUUGAAAGGGAAAAGGAGCACUCAACUAAUAAGAAUGUCUUUAUAAAUUGCUUAAGUUCUGGCAAAAGUGAAGGGGAUGAUUCUGGAUUCACAGAAGAACCAACUCGCCGUUCUGUUAAGCAGUCAACAAAGAAGCUGCUUACUAAAUCCUUUUCCUCUCACUAUAAAUUUUCUAAGCCAGUUCCACCGAGCCAGUCCACUUCAUUGGUACAGCAGUCUGAAUUCUCAUUGGAAAUUACACAGUUCCAAGAGAGAGAACCUGUACCAGUAAGAGCUUCUCCAUCUUGCUCUGUGGAUGUAACAGAACGGGCAGGAAGCUCUUUACCAUCUCCAUUGCUUUCUGCUGAUCUUACCACAGCUCAGACACCUUCAGAGUUUUUAGCCUUGACUGAAGAUUCUGUCUCUGAAGCAGAUGUAUUUUCUAAAAGUGGAAGCAUGGCAUCCCACUGUGACAACUUUGGCCACAAUGAUUCUACCUCUCAGAUCUCUCCCAAUCCUGCUGCUGUUACAAAGGCAACAAUAGACCGUAUAGGAACUGUUCCCUGUGCAAUUAUGUCUCCUGGGAAAUAUAGGUUAGAAGGUCGAUGUAGCACUGAAUCUAAUUCCUUACCAGAAACCUCUGCUGCUAAUCAGAAGGAAGUGUUAUUGCAAAUCUCUGAACUCUCUGUUACAAAUGGGAGUGACUUAGAGAAUCACCUAUCAGCAGAUACUCAAGGAGAAGAGCAUAUGGUAUUACAAAACGGUGAUACAAUGUUGGCAACAAGCUCCCCAAGGAAACUUGGAUUUUAUGAGCAACAUAAAGCAAUAGCUGAACGUGUUAAAGGGAUUCAUCCUAUAUCAGAUUCAAGGAUAAUACCUUCUUCUGGUGAUCGUCAUAUUUUUAACAAAACAUAUGGAUAUGAUGCAAAUCCUGCCAAAGGUAUACUGAUUUUCUUUGUAUAA